GACAUGAUAUUCAAUUAUGGGCAUGUGCAUUUACUAAUAAGUAUUUUACUAUGGGUGUGCAAUCAAUGUCACAUAAUGAGAGCGAAAACUUGACAUUAAAACAUCUUUUUGGAAGUUCGAAUAUUUUAUUGUGUGAGUUGUUUGAUGCUUUAGAGGAAAGGUAUCAAGAAGAGAACAAUUAUUGUGAGUUUGUGAGCUGGAGGCAAACAAUACCACAAAAACAGAAAGAGCAAAUGAACCUAAGUUUAUAUUAUCAUGCAGUGAAAAUUGAUUUAGAAGCUUCAAUUUCUAAAGAGAAGGAAGUUGAUGAGUCAGAUCAAUUUAUCGAUAACUUAUUCGAUUGCUCACAAUUUGUGACAGUUGCUUUAGAAGCGUUAACAUCAACUUCCAGACCUCAUUCUUUGCCAAGACAAUUUUUACAAUUAAAUCGAAACGAAUCUUAUAAUCAGGUUAAAGAAUUUGUGAAUAAUGCUUUAAGACAGCCUCAAGAUGACAUAACCAAAGCUAUUUCAAAAAAUCAUAAAUUUGGUGAACUCUGA